ACAUAGAAUUAUUAUGAUAUUCUUUAUAUAUGUAUACUUAUUUUACAAUUACGAAUACAUGUGUCCCAGCAUUAUUCUCCUAUCUUUAAUAAUCUUCUAUAAUUGUACUACUUAAUUUGAUUUUUCAUAUAAUAUUAUUAUGUUUUUGUUUUAGUAACACAAUCUUAUUAAACUAUCAAGCGGAAGCAUGUCACACCAUUUAAAAAAAUUGCAGAAAUUUUGAAAUUCAGUAAAUUGUAUAAGAAUAUAUAAUAAAAAUAAAUAAAAUAAUUUAAACUUAAAUAAUAGACAGUUUAUUAAUUUUCUUUAGAUUUGUUGUUGUAGCUAUAGUAUAAUAUGUAGGGUCAAAUGGUUUUGAGUAUUGCUGCUGUUGUAAUAUCUAUAUCAAAUUGUUUGCAUAGUAACUAUAAGAAUAAUAGUACUCCGGCAUCUCGGGCUAAACGAAUUCUUAGAAACAGAAUCUGCACAAAAACCCUGACAAACUCGGUACUCGGGUUGUUAGUAAAAAGUGUUAUAAGCGAAUUUUCACUUAUAUUCUUCAAAAUAACUAAUUUUCAAUUGAACUUGUUAUUGUUGUUGUAGCGGCAAAAACAUUCCCCAAAUAAUUCUGAUGAAUACUGUUGAUUUGACAAUCCUUAGCGGCAUGGAGAAUAAGGUCCGUUUCGGUUGCGUGGAGCCGAUUCUCUUGGGCACGGAAUCGACUCGUAACUGCUGUUGUCAUACCGGAAGUAGUUUAUCAACUGCUAAAAUUUAACGCAUUGAGUUUGACAUUCAAGCUAGGUGACAAGUAGUCACUGAAGAAAUGAGCGCAUGCAAAAGAAAUUUGGUCGAAACAUUGACAAUUUCCAGGCAAAAUAUGUUAAUUAGAUUUGGUUUUGGAAAAGCACUCAAUGCUACUGCUGUGCUAAGAAGCCAAACAAGUCGAAAAAUUCGCGCGUACAUAGCACACACUGAGAAUGCGCUAACACACGACGUACCGUUGGUAGAGUUCGUUUCUAAUAUAAUUUAGUUCGUUUGCUUAAGCAUUCAACAGUUACAAACUCUUGCAGUGGAAGUCCCUUUCUCAUGAAACAAAUAUGCACGUUGCGUCAGGUGUAGCGCUGCUUAUAAGAAUUUGAGUGUCUUUUUCAUUGCAUUCCAUUCCAGCAGCAUUUAGCAUUCAGUUUACAUUACUUUUUCAUUGCUGUUUGCAUUUCACUUCAAAAAUAAUUCAAUAAAAAUCUAAAUAGUUUCCACAAAAGAGUCAGCAAGCAGCAUGGACGACUACGAGGAUCAAAGUGUAGUGAGCGAAGUUGGCAUGAUGGCCGGCGCAGGCGGCGGCGCCCAUCACGGUCGCAACGAAAACACCACCUCCUUUGGCGCUGUUAAAGUCGGUGGUUGGCGAUAUGAGGACUCUACACGUUACAUCGGUGAAUGGGAUCAGCGCGGUCAGAAGCAUGGCAUUGGGCACUUACAACUUCCCGAUGGCACACGCUACGAUGGGCAGUUCCACGAUGGACUCAGUCAUGGUCUCGGUUGUCUGUGGUUCUCCGAUGGCGCUAAAUACGAAGGUGAAUUUAUGCACGGCUGGUUCCAUGGUCAUGGCAUAUUUUGGCGUUCCGAUGGUAUGAAAUUCGAAGGCGAAUUUCGUGGUGGCAAAAUCUGGGGACUCGGCUUACUAACGUUUCGCGAUUUCACACACGGCUUUCCACGCAACGAAGGCUUCUUUCAAGACUGUCGCCUAGUACGCAAGCAACGCUGUCCGGACGUAGUGCAGCGCGCGCAAAAAUGUGCGCUUAUGGCGCGUUCGCUGUGUGACCAUCCGUAUUAGCCUUAAGCAUGCAUGCACACAUGUACAAAACAUACGAAAUAGUACAUAUAAACAUACUUAUCCACAUAGGCACCAAC